AAUUUAUAGUAGAUUGGAGGAGGAGGCUUACAAAAUACAUGGCAUCCGUCUGGAUACUAGGCACUUAAAUGGAGUAAGUCUAUAUUUCAACCUCCUAAUCAACAACAACCUUGUUUGUUUGCUGUCUCCUAGUAGGGUUAUUGGUGAAACCAUUCGGGAUAAGUGACAAGGGACUUAUUUUGGUUUACCAAAUUGUCUCAUUAUCACUCCCCAAGCUGAGAUGUUGAGAUGUAAGCUUGCAAGUACAGCCAAAAUGUUCUCAUUAUCAAUCUGACCCACUCAACGGAUGAUUGUGAUGGACAUCCUGAGCGCCAGGAUGUCCAGAUUUUCUGGGCUCUCAAAUAUAUUUAUUUACUUCAGACAAUGAACAUAACAAUUAAUUUGGUACAAAUUUUGAAUACAAAUACACCAUCUGUUUUGGAAUAAGGAACAGUGUUUUGCUUUUAUUUCUUUAUGCAUGGUUUCUAACAUUUAUGUAUCAGAAAAAUUCUUUUGAUAAAUUUUUUCCUAUCUGGAUUGGAUGGAUGAGCAAGGUCAUCCCUUGCUUGAAUGAGUGGAACGUAGGGUGGUUCCACAUGCGUUCUACUCAUCCAAGGGAUGAGGUUAGUUGUGCCAGUGUGAACAACCAAACCUCAUCCUUUUUUCCACAUUUAUUUGGAAGUUGUGGCCCUUUUUCUUUUUUUUUGUCUUUUUUGGAUCAGCUGAGUUGUGGCCUUUCUAUGCCUUUCUAAAGCACAUAACUUACGAAUUUCAUUAUUUUUUGAUUAUUUGUUGUUUUAUUUCUUUUAUUUUUCAAUGUGAAAUUUUCUUUUGUGCUCUAAUUCUUUUGCUUACCAUCGCACACCUUUCAUAUGCCAACCUUUAUAACAGUCUUAUUUGUAGACUGAAUGUAUGCUUAAACAGCUUUCUGACCUUCAAAGUUCACAUGUAUUAGGAGUUGUGAUGUAUCUGGUAUUUCUCAUAUAUCCUAGAAAUUGUAUAAAUUUUUUAUUUUUAUUUUUAUUAUUAUUAUUUUUUUUGUUUUCUUGAUAGGAGAAGGGGUGAAACCAUGGUUCAUUGGUGGGUAGGGCCAAUUUUAUUUAGGUCAUUAGUGUGUGUGUGUGUGUGUGUGUUUUAUUUGUGCCUUUGUAGAUAAUUGAGGAAGGGAUCAAGCAGGACCUUAUAUGAUUGAGUUGUGGUAUAAUUUGCAUAAAAUCUCCUGUGAAGU